AUGUCCGCCAAGCGCACGGGCCAAACGCCCAAGCGGGUCUCGUUUUCCCUGCCGGGCCAGAGCCCACGGGCAGCUCCCCUACCUGCUACGCUUCCUUCCACGCCAACUCCGCAACGUGUCUUGUCAAACCCAUACACUGGGCUGCAUACUCCCAACACAUCAACCCCAUCCCCGAGCGCUCGUUUCCAGACUCCAAACACCGUCUCACCAACUCCAAACCGUCACCUGCAAACUCCGAACACAUCAACUCCAACUCCAAACGCUCGCAUCCAACCUCCAAACACCGGCUCUCCCACUCCAACCCCAGAGGCCUUCUCCCCUUCAAAUCGUUACUUGCAAAUCCCAAACAGCUCCUCGUCAGCUACAAAGACUGGCUUGCCCAAUCCGACUCGCAAUCCGUCGCGCCAGCCCAGCUCCAAAAAUCUUGUCUCCAGGCUCUCGCCAAAUUGGUAUUUCAACGAGCAAGACACAGCGCUAAUUUGCGCUGAAUACGAACCUCAGUGGUCUCCCAGGCCACCUGACACAACAUUUACCUCCACUGAAAAGGGCAAGAAAGCGCCCGCAACCGAGUCCGGCAUGGCCGAACCACGUGCACGUAUGGCCCGACACAAGGGCCAAAUGAACUUCCAGAAUGAGCUUCGCCUGCUGCUUCUUGCCUACGGCGACCCCAGCCCACACCCCAGCUUCCCAAAUGAACCACUUCCCGAGACAGUCCGCGUGCUGGACGAAAUCGUCACCGACUUCGUGCUGGAGGUUAGCCACGGCGCCGCGCAAGUCGCGCACCACGCCCGCCGUCAGAAGAUCAAGGUCGAGGACUUCCGCUUCGCACUGCGUCGCGACCCGAACAAGCUCGGCCGUGUCCAGGAGCUGCUGCGCAUGGAACGUGAAUUGAAGGAAGCCCGCAAGGCGUUUGACCAGAAUGAUGACCAGGUUGCUAAGGAAGCUGGAAAGAAGGGUGCUGCCGCUGCGGCGGCGGCUGCUGCUGCUGGUGAGGAUCCUGUGGCUGCUGAAGCUGCUGCUACUGCCACGGUUACCAAGAAGAGCAAGGGCAAGGGGAAGAGAGCUGCUGCAACCCGCCGUGGAUCUGAUGCUACUGAGGAGUCAGUUUCGAAGAAGCGCAAGACGAUUGGUUGA